AUGAUUAAGGAAGAACAAAACCCUUACACGGAAGUACAUGUCCCUUACGCUAUUGGAUUCUUAUUAGUAAGACCCGGUAAUGAUAUAUGUUAUAAUAUGAUUGAGACAUAUUUCAGUGAAAGUUACAUAACUCAUAAGGAUAUCCAUGAAAGGAGUAAAAAGAUGUUGUCUUACUUUAUAGAACGUUUAGUAGUUGUUGUUAGACAAAACAAAUCGGUUAAAUCAGUCUAUUUCCACAACUUCUAUAAAUUCGAUGGUAUAAUGAUAUUAAAACAUUUGGUUGUAAAUGCUAAGAAAUACACAAUAAAACCACUUAUGAGGAACAAUAGGCUAUACGAGGUUGCCGUAUUUAAUGAUAAUAAACUUAUAUUUAAUCUAAGGGAUUCCUUAACUCUGCUCCCGGGUUCACUUAAAGAUUUAGCUCAAAAUCUCUGUCCUCACUUAGGAAUUAAGGGUUCAAUCAACCAUGACGAUAUAAAACUAGAUAAUCUAAGUUCACUCAAAUAUCAAUUGAUAAAAUAUCUUAAACAGGAUAUCAUUUUAUUGGGUGGGAUAAUCCUUAAGGCUCAAGAUAUAUUGUGGAAUACUUACCAAAUAGAUAUUCUGAAUAAUUUAACAUUAUCAUCACUAGCACUAGCAAUCUUUCGUACUAAUUAUUACGAUCCUAACAUAUGGCCUAUCUAUAUACCUAAUAUUAACGAAGAUACAUUCAUUCGUCGUGGAUACUAUGGUGGUCGUGCUGAUGUUUAUAUGCCAAAAGGAAAUAAUAUUUUAUAUUACGACGUUAACUCUUUAUACCCUUUUAUAAUGAAGUCAUUUUCAAUGCCUACUGGAAAUCCCAACCUGAAAAGCUAA